CGCGGCCUGCGCCAUGGCCACCUCCGCUGCCUCUUCGGAGCAUUUCGAGAAACUUCACGAGAUCUUCCGCGGCCUCCAUGAAGACCUGCGAGGGGUGCCGGAGCGGCUCCUGGGGACAGCGGGGACAGAAGAGAAGAAAAAACUGAUCAGAGAUUUUGAUGAAAAGCAACAGGAAGCAAAUGAAACGCUGGCAGAGAUGGAAGAGGAACUACGUUAUGCACCUCUGUCUUUCCGUAACCCUAUGAUGUCUAAGCUUCGAACCUACCGGAAGGACCUUGCUAAACUCCAUCGGGAAGUGAGAAGCACACCUUUGACAGCCACACCUGGGGGCCGAGGAGACAUGAAAUAUGGCACAUACACUGUAGAGAAUGAGCAUAUGAAUCGGCUACAGUCUCAAAGGGCAUUGCUUCUGCAAGGCACUGACAGCCUGAACCGGGCUACCCAGAGUAUUGAGCGUUCUCAUCGGAUUGCCACAGAGACUGACCAGAUUGGCUCAGAAAUCAUAGAAGAGCUGGGUGAGCAACGUGAUCAAUUGGAGCGUACUAAGAAUAGGCUGGUAAACACAAGUGAAAAUUUGAGCAAAAGUCGAAAGAUUCUCCGUUCAAUGUCCAGAAAAGUGACAACCAACAAGCUGCUACUUUCCAUCGUCAUCUUACUGGAGCUGGCCAUCCUAGGGGGUCUGGUUUAUUACAAAUUCUUUCACAAGCAUUGAACUUCCUAGAGGGAAGGGUUUGCGGACCAGAACUUUGACCCUGUGAAUGAAUGGUGUUAGGGAUGGGGAAUAAGUGGAGUGCUGCUGUAAGGUAAUGGUUCAAGGAUGCACUGUGUAGCUAGACUGGGAGAAGGGAGGGAAGACGGAAAACCACUUUACUGUGAAGGAACAGCAACAAGACCAGUAUGAUAUACCAAGGUAAUAAAUGCUGUUUAUGACUCCUUUAAAUUUA